CGCUCCCCGCCGGUCGCGGCUCCGCGGGGCCGCCCUGCCGGGGCGCGGCGGCUCCUUCCGCCGGGAGCGGCGCCGGGCGGCGGGAGGCAGAUAUGGCCAUGCCCAGUUCCCUUUUGUGGGCUGUMGACAUUUUCGGGAGGGUUUACACUCUGUCCACUGUUGGCCAGUACUGGGAGCUCUGUAAGGACACCCAGCUGGAAUUCAAACGGGUCUCUGCUGUCAAACAGUGCUGCUGGGGAAUAGCCUGUGACCAUCAAGUGUACACCUACGUGUUCUCGGGAGAUGUUCCCAUCAGAUACCAGGAGGAAACCUAUGAGAACCAGCGCUGGAAUCCAGUUGGUGGCUUUUGUGAGAAAUUACUGCCCAGUGACCGCUGGCAGUGGAGUGAUGUGAGCGGGCUAAAACACCAGCAGCUUGAUAGUUUCACACUGCCUUCACCACACUGGGAGUGGGAGUCUGACUGGUAUGUGGAUGAAAAUAUUGGAGGGGAACCAACAGAGAAAGGGGGCUGGACUUACGCCAUAGACUUCCCCAGCACCUACACAAAGGAUAAGAAAUGGAAUUCUUGUGUCAGACGCAGGAGAUGGAUCAGAUACAGGAGAUACAAAUCACGGGACAUUUGGGCAAAGAUUGUGUCCCAUGAUGAACCAGACCAGCUGCCAGACCCCUUCAAUGACAUCUCCAUCGGAGGAUGGGAGAUCACGGAUGAGCCCCUGGGCCGCCUGUCAGUGUGGGCAGUGUCUCUGCAAGGAAGGGUAUGGUACAGAGAAGAUGUCUGCCAUCACAAUCCAGAAGGUUCCACAUGGUCCUUAGUCAGCACUCCUGGUGAAGUUGUACAGAUCAGCUGUGGACCCUAUGACCUCCUUUGGGCAACUCUUUGGGAAGGGCAAGCUAUUGUGAGAGAAGGGAUUGACAGGAAUAAUCCUCAAGGCACUUCCUGGAGUAUUGUAGAGUCUCCAAGCUCUGAAAAUGGGAUUAUGCACGUGUCUGUGGGUGUUGAUGUGGUGUGGUGUGUUACAAAGGACAGAAAAGUGUGGUUUAGAAGAGGAGUGAACUCCCAUAAUCCUUGUGGGACAAGCUGGAUUGAAAUGGUCGGAGAGAUGAUGAUGGUGACUGUGGGAUUAAACAACCAGGUCUGGGGCAUYGGCUGCGAUGACAGAGCCAUUUAUUUUCGUCAAGGUGUCACACCAAGUGAGCUCAGUGGGAAGACAUGGAARGCAAUUGUGUCUGGCAGAGAGAGUGACAGAUCUCAGACUGGCAGCUCAACAAGUCUGCUCAGUGCUGGCUGUUUCUUUACUGAUGAUAUUCAGAACCAAACAAGCGCGGUCAUUCAGGGUGAUGCAGAUCCUUCCUCUGAUACAGAGCUCGCCGUGCCCACGAGCCCUGGCAGUGCCCUGCUGGGAGCUGCAGCUGCUGGGAACAGCUCAGGCAGCCAGGCUGAAACAUCUGCACCUCUCCCCGAGGAUCCUCUGUGCUCUGAACAAGGAGAAGCUGCUGCUGCUUCAGCCACUAAUGAGAAAGCUAACCUUGAAAUGAAACCAUCUACAAACCCCAAUCCUCCUGCAGAAGCGCAGUGGAUAAACAUUGACUUGAAGGAGGCUCAGAAGCAGCCAGUGCUGUCUGUGAGCAGCUUUGCAGACACCUCCAGCCUCUCCUCGCUGGGCGCGUUCUCGGUGGCGGCUGAAGACGCGUACGGAGCCGAUGAGCACCCGCUGUGGGCCUGGGUGUCAGGGGGAGGUUGUCUGGUAGAUCUGCACAGCCCACUGAAAUGGUUCACUGCCCCAGCAUCAGGUUUGUCAUCAUCUGUGCAGUCUCUGUCCCUGUCUAUCACUCCUGCACAGACAGCAGCGUGGAGGAAGCAGAUUUUUCAGCAGCUCAGUGAAAGAACAAAGCGGGAACUGGAGAAUUUCAGGCACUAUGAGCAGGCUAUUGAGCAGUCGGUUUGGGUUAAAACUGGAGCCUUGCAGUGGUGGAGGAACUGGAAGCCUCACAAAUGGAUGGAUGUUCGAGUGGCACUGGAGCAGUUCACUGGGRGCGAUGGGAUGCGUGACAGCAUCCUGUUCAUCUACUACAUGUACCACGAGGAGAAAAAGUACAUCCACGUGUUCCUGAAUGAGGUGACCAUUAUAGUUGAAGUGCUGAAUGAAGCCAAACACUCCUUUGCACUGUACACACCUGAGAGGACAAAGCAGCGAUGGCCAAUCCGCCUGGCAGCCACAACAGAGCAAGAAAUGCACGACUGGCUGUCUUUGCUGACCAUGUCUUGCUGUGAAAGCAGACGGAUUCAAGGCCCUCCUUCUCACCAYGCCAUUUGGUCAGUCACUUGUAAAGGAGACAUCUUUGUUAGUGAGCCAAGUCCUGAGCUGGAGGCCGGACCCCAGCUGAUGCCGUGUGAUCAAAUGUUUUGGCGUCAGGUGGGAGGCCACCUCCGACUGAUCGAGUGCAACAGCCGGGGCGUGGUGUGGGGCAUCGGCUACGACCACACAGCCUGGGUCUACACCGGGGGAUAUGGAGGGGGCUUCAUCCAAGGACUGGCCAGCAGUGCUGAUAACAUUUAUACACAGUCAGAUGUGAAAUGUGUUUACAUCUAUGAGAACCAACGGUGGAACCCRGUCACUGGAUACAGCAGCAGAGGGCUGCCCACUGACAGAUACAUGUGGAGUGACGCCUCUGGCCUGCAGGAAUGUACAAAGACCAACACCAAACCUCCUUCUCCGCAGUGGUCUUGGGUGUCAGACUGGUACAUCGACUUCAGCCCGACGGGCGGCACGGACCGGGAAGGCUGGCAGUACGCAGCUGAUUUCCCAGCGUCCUACCAUGGCCACAAGACAAUGAAAGACUUYGUCCGACGGAGGCGCUGGGCAAGAAAAUGUAAGAUCGUCACCAAUGGGCCAUGGCUGGAAGUGCCUCCUGUUACCCUGUGGGACAUCUCCAUAAUUCCCAGCUCAGAUGCAGAUGAUGAAGAAGCAGUAGCACUGUGGGCCAUCAGUGACAAAGGAGACGUGCUCUGCAGGCUUGGAGUGACACAGCAAAACCCAGCUGGAACCUCCUGGCUGCACGUGGGAACAGAUCAGCCCUUCAUUUCCAUCUCCAUCGGAGCGUUUUACCAAGUGUGGGCUAUUGCUAGAGAUGGUUCUGCCUUCUACCGGGGUUCAGUGUCUCCAMACAAACCUGCAGGUGACUGUUGGUACCAUAUCCCUUCACCUCAAAAACAGAAGUUAAAGCAAGUCUCAGUAGGAAGAACAUCUGUGUUUGUCUUGGAUAAAAAUGGCAAUCUUUGGUACCGGCAGGGAAUCACCCCCAGCUACCCUCAAGGAUCUACCUGGGAUCAUGUUUCCAACAAYAUCCGUAAAAUGUCUGUAGGGCCCCUGGACCAGGUGUGGGUGAUUGCUGACAAAGUGCAGGGCAGUCACAGUCUGAGCUGUGGGACCGUGUGCCACCGCACCGGCGUCCAGCCCAUGGAGCCCAAAGGCCUCUCCUGGGACUAUGGCAUUGGGGGUGGCUGGGAGCACAUCACAGUCAGAGGAAAUGCAACAGAAGCAUCUCGGCUCGCUGUGCCCGACACCACCGAGGAAAACCUGGCAGUGUCAAAAGAGGGAGAGGAUGAGGAGGGUAAAGGGAAAACAGAACACUCUAAAACCCCUCUGAUGGUCAGUGAAAGUCAAGAACUGGACAGAAAUGCUGUUAAUUGUUAAUUGUUGCCAUCUACGUGUUGCUAACAAGCAGCAGUCAGUAAUUUAAAARGAAACUAAAUGUCUACUGCUUGGAGAGAGAAAGAUGACAUGUUUGUGCUACUAAAAUGUGUGACUGAACUGGACUUUGCAAUGGGGUAUUUGAAGUACUGAAUCUUUCUAAUGCAUCUUGUGUAAAAUGUGACUUGAUAGAGUUCAUAGUUUUGUCAAAGCAGGCAAGGUUUUUCACCACAAUGUAUUUCUGACCCUUCACAUAGCUGCUACACACCAUACAAAUGUGAAUGAUGAUCACUACAUUCUUUUUUUUUUUUUAACUUUCCCUACAUUUCUCUCACACUCACCCAUCUUGCACAAUGUUCUUGAGCCCCGAUGAAGAUGUUUUGAUGUGAAUGAACAACUUUACUGCUAUCAGUGGAGCUUAUCAGCAUACACUGAUUGCAAUUCUGAAUGAUGCUCUACUCUUUGCUUUUACUAAUUGAUUUAUUCAUCCCCUUUUCCAACAUGAAACCACUUUCUAUUCUCCAAAAAAAGCUUUUUUUCAUGACUUAUUUGGACUUUAUAUGAAUAGUUUACAUUCAUUUCUCUGUGUGUGACUGUAUAUGAAGCUAUUUUUGUAUGAAAAACAGUUUGGUGUGGUCUCAGUACUGUAUGUGUAGAAGUAAAAAUUAUGUUUGCACGUAUUUAAGGAAUAUAUUUGGUAUUUAAAGCCAAGGAAAGCACUGUUUCCAAGUCCAAAUGUGAAUGAAGAUUGAAGAUGCUUCACUGUUAAAAAAGAACCUGUUGAUCUUUCCAGUAUGUGAUUAGAGAUCUCUGGUUUAUACAUACAUUGUGGGAGAACCAUAAAUAAUGUGUUGCAUUAAUUACCAUAAUAGGUUUUGCAUUACUUGCACAGUAUCUUGUCCAAAUAAAUAACUUUAUGACAUGUAUUUUUAGAGAAUUAUUAGGAUUGUAUUUUUCUCUGCAUUGUAUCAAGAUUUUUCCUUUUAAUAGUCAGUGUUUACAUCUCCAACAAUCAACCUGAUUGCAUACAAUAAGCUUUAUAAUGUACCUUUGCAUUUUYCCCUACAUUGCCAAGUUUCACUUACUUUACUGCAAAAUACUGGGUUUAAGUGAAAAAAAAGAUAAGUUGUAAGUUGUUUAUGUUUGAGUACUAAGUAUUUGCCUUCUAAAACUAUUAUUUAGAAAAUUAUUUAAUUUUAAAAUGUAAUGUCAUUGUUGUGACUAGUUAAAAUAAGAAAAGUGACUUUAAAUUGAAGCAAUUUUGAAAAAUAAAAUAAUUUAUCA